GUGACCGUGCUCCGGGCGCGGGAGGCAGAGAAGGGCGGCCGGGCCGGGACUGCUCAGUGGGCCUUAGCCCCACAAACCAGGACGGGGCACCCUCGGCCCGGCCCGGCUAGGACCCCCGGGGCGCUCAGAGGAGGAAGGGUAGGAUCCAGGCCGUGCUCUUUCGGGACCUCUCACGCCGGCACAGCGCCCUCUGUGUCCAAGCGCUGGGGCAGGUAGCGGGACUUGGGCCUGCCCGCCCCUCCCCGGUUUUAGAUGGCAGGAUUUCUAUAGUAUAUCUAGUAUGAAUUCCACAUCUUGGCCUCUUAUCCAGCUUCAGCAGUCUCAUCUCCAUCGUCGGGAGAAUAAAUGGGAUUUGCAUGAAUUCCAGAUUCUGAACUGAAAUAGACUGCAGUGUUUAUAUUCUGUUCUUCUGGUUAUUAACAGAUCCUCAGAAAAUUAAAUGUCGUCAGAAGACCGAGAAGCUCAGGAAGAUGAAUUGCUGGCCCUGGCGAGUAUUUAUGAUGGAGAUGAAUUUAGAAAAGCAGAGUCUGUCCAAGGUGGAGAAACCAGGAUCUAUCUGGACUUGCCACAAAAUUUCAAGAUAUUUGUGAGCGGCAAUUCAAAUGAGUGUCUCCAGAAUAGUGGCUUUGAAUACACCAUUUGCUUUCUGCCUCCACUUGUGCUGAACUUUGAACUGCCACCAGAUUAUCCAUCCUCCUCCCCACCUUCAUUCACACUUAGUGGCAAAUGGCUGUCACCAACUCAGCUGUCUGCUCUCUGCAAGCACUUAGACAACCUGUGGGAAGAACACCGUGGCAGUGUGGUCCUCUUUGCCUGGAUGCAGUUUCUUAAGGAAGAGACCCUAGGGUACCUGAAUAUUGUCUCUCCUUUUGAGCUCAAGAUGGGUUCUCAGAAAAAAGUGCAGAGAAGGACGGCACAAGCCUCUGCCAACACAGAGCUAGAUUUUGGAGGAGCUGCUGGACCUGAUGUAGACCAAGAAGACGUUGUGGAUGAGAGAGCUGUGCAGGAUGUAGAAUCAUUGUCAAGUCUGAUCCAGGAAAUCUUGGACUUUGAUCAAGCUCAGCAGAUAAAAUGUUUUAAUAGUAAAUUGUUCCUGUGCAAUAUUUGUUUCUGUGAGAAGCUGGGUAGUGAAUGCAUGUACUUUUUGGAGUGCAGGCAUGUGUACUGCAAAGCCUGUCUGAAGGACUACUUUGAAAUCCAGAUCAGAGAUGGCCAAGUUCAAUGCCUCAACUGCCCAGAACCCAAGUGCCCUUCGGUGGCCACUCCUGGUCAGGUCAAAGAGUUAGUGGAAGCCGAGUUAUUUGCUCGCUAUGACCGGCUACUUCUCCAGUCCACCUUGGACUUGAUGGCAGAUGUGGUGUACUGUCCCCGUCCGUGCUGCCAGUUGCCUGUGAUGCAGGAACCUGGCUGCACCAUGGGCAUUUGUUCUAGCUGCAAUUUUGCCUUCUGUACCUUGUGCAGACUGACUUACCACGGCGUGUCUCCAUGUAAGGUGACGGCAGAGAAAUUAAUAGACUUACGAAACGAGUACCUGCAAGCAGAUGAGGCCAAUAAAAGAUUUUUGGAACAGAGGUAUGGUAAGAGGGUGAUUCAGAAGGCACUGGAAGAGAUGGAAAGUAAGGAGUGGCUAGAAAAGAAUUCAAAGAGCUGCCCGUGUUGUGGGACUCCCAUAGAGAAAUUAGAUGGAUGUAACAAGAUGACAUGUACUGGCUGUAUGCAGUAUUUCUGCUGGAUUUGCAUGGGUUCUCUGUCGAGAGCAAACCCUUAUAGACAUUUCACUGAUCCUGCUUCCCCAUGUUUUAACCGGUUGUUCCAUGCUGUGGAUGUUAAUGGAGAUAUUUGGGAAGAUGAGGUUGAAGACUAAGUUAACUCCUGCUGAAGAUGUGGAAGUGAAAUGGUUUGCCCUAAUCUUUUGUUGAGUAUACAAAGUAACUGCAGGAUAUUUAGGGUACCAUUCAUUCAUUCUUAUAAUGUAGAAGAUACGAAAGAAGGUUUUUAUUUUCAUGUGGUACUACUGAUUAAGGCACACUCAUACAUUUUUCAAUGUAACAUAAUUGAGAAAAAAUUAUAAGCCAAAGGUUCAGGAAAUGAAAACUAGAGAAUAUUAACUAUUACUAUGUACCCAAAGCUCUGAAUAGUUAAAAAUUAUUUAUUUUCCCCAAGCUUUAGGUAAGAGGAGGGGUCAAGAGUUCAACUUACAGACCCUUUUUAUCUCUGAGAAGCAUCCCUCUAAGACAUUCUGUGGGAGUCCCCUCAGUACUACUAUUCUUUACAACUGGGAUGGGUAGAAGCCUUAUUAAAAUUGUACUGAGAGUCUGUCUCAUUUACUCCAUGUUACAUUCCUUCCAACCUGAAUUUCUGCUAAGUUAGUUCCCUUUGGAGGGAGCCCUUUAGAAGGGAUUGGAAGGCCCAGUGUCAUUUUGGUCUACUGCUUUCAGAAUGGAAAGUUAUAGCUAGUUUUAGAAAUAUUUUUUAAUACCACAAACACUGUGGGUCACCUGAUAUUUGUUAGUGGCGUAUAGUCUACUGGUUUUGAGCCAGGUCUAUUAUUUAAUGAUACUGGCUCAGAAGAAUUUCAGCCCUGUUCGGCUUUCCUGGGCAGUAGAGCGUAGAUUCAAAACAAUUUGUCUUUUGCUGCCUUUCUCCUUUUACCCUCACCCAACCUUCCAUUGGUAAGGACAAUUUUAAUAUUAACUCCAGCAGCUCACAUUUUUACUUCUUCUGCUGGAAUAGGAGAAAGCUUGAUAUAUUCCCAAGCUGAACUUUCUUUAAUUAUCUGCUUUUUGAACUCCACACCACUGUAGUUUAGUCCUAACUUUCUGAACUCUUUUUAAAGGUCUUCUCUAAUGAUCUCUGAGAAUUUGAUUUCCCAUCCUGUUUUGCAACAGCAUUGUUUUGGGGGAUAAUUUUGACUUGCCUAGAUCCCUCUUUCUGGGUUUUAUUGGCUUUUUGAAAAAUUGUCUUUCCUUUUGGUUUGGUGAGUGGCUUGGUAGCAAAAGAAGAUUUUUUUCUGAAGAAAAGAACAGAAGAAUUCAGCUGCAGUUGUGAACAUGUUUUUUUUCCUACUGUGUCCUUGAAAAUUGGGGAAUCAUUUUUAACUAUUUUAUGUGUGUGUAUCCAAAGAGUCAGCAAGGACUGUUUCUGAAUUGUCAAUGAGGAUGCUUAAUCUUAAAAAUAAAAAUAAUUUAAAAAUUA